CAGGGGGAGUAUCCAAGAAUGGUCAACAAAUAGUGGGGGGACUAUUGUUUGAGCAUUUUUUGACCAUUCGGGAGUAUGUUUUGAGUAUUUCUUCUCUUUCGUGGAACAUCCCCCUGUAGGGGGACGCGCCCGACUUCAGGGCAGAGCGACGACAUCUGCACGCACCCACCGCCCGCGGCGGCCCAGGGGCUCCGUCCUCGAGGUCGCGGAUAUGGACAUGUGCUUCGCCCACGACAGGUGGCGCUUCUCUUAGGUCGGGCGUGUCCCUCUAUAGGUGGAUAUUAAAAACAUAUUUUUCAUUUUUCGCCGAGACCCCCCCCUCCAUGGGGGACAGGCCCGACAUCACGCUUCUGCCCAUGGCAACCCCGAAGGCAUUCGACCCUUCGGCGGCUGAGGCGCCAGAUGGUUCCCACGCGGCCAGGUCACGAGACCUCCCCACCAGGCUGCGGUGCUCAGCGGGACGUUCUACGAGCCGCAGCACGGCAUCCGACGGGCUUGAGGCUCGACCACGUUCGCCUCGCGCAGGAUCCCGACGGUGCGGUCACGACUGAGCGCGCGCCGCCCCCCCCCCUGCAUUCACGAAGUCCUGGACGUCGGAUGCCCAGCCGCAGGUUUACCUGUCAGCUCCCCGUCGUCGUUUUUCUGGACUUCACAGUGUUCAUGUUGCACAGGUCCUCUGCACAGGCCCAUGUUGUACACUUUGUGGAGCUGCUCCACUGCAUUUGGCCCUCUACACAGGCCACGAUCGAGCUGCACCAUUUUGUGCACAGUCAACCGUAUUAGUUUGGCCAGGCUAGUUCGGCACGGUAGGGUUGACCAGGACCUUCGACGGCAGGUGGCGGCCUUUGCUGCCUUUGCUGCGUCAAGGCUGCGAUCCUCUGUUCAUAUUCGGAUCCGGGAUGCUAUGUCUGGCGCUGUGAGCUCGCACAUGCCAGAUCGGCCUGCACGAUGGUCGUAGUGUGUGCUGUCUGUCGGACCGACGACACGUCGUUUUGACGCUUGCCCUCACGUUGCGCCAUGUCCGAAUCCAGCUCACAUGUUCGAUUCCAGAUCCGUCCGUGACGGGUCGGACCUUUCCCGAGAUACCCCGCAGAAGGAUGCACGCGAGGCGGAGGAGGCGGAUGGUGAGAACAGUUCGCCUGCGACUUCGCAGAGCCCUUUCUUUGCCGUCAUCUUCGUCCUAGUCUUCGUCGUCG